AUGGCCGAGGCCGAUCUCGUUCGCCCUGCAACGUCGUAUUCAGGCGCCUCGGGUAUUCAGAGGAGGUUCCUUCUCUCCAGCCCGGGGCGACCUCGAACUGCCUCCGGACUCGGCGAUCCUAAAUUCGAAAAGACGCCAUCGACUGCCUUAUCUGUGAAAGUUACAAUCAAGUUUCAGCCGUCCCUCGAUCUCACCUACGAAAGGCAGUAUCAGGCCUCCCACGGCUUCCAGCCGACGGACCAACUAUGCCACGCCCUCAUCCGACGUCUUACACAUUGCUCAACUGAGCUGCUCACCCGCAGAGACUCAACCGCUCUCGAGCGUUCCAUUCCUCAAAUUGGAGAUGGCAAGCCGCUGCGCUUCGAGCUAAUCUACCAAAUUUACAGAGGAGGACCGGAGCCAUGGGCUACCAAGUCCUUCAAGUCAUAUCAGAAGUUCCCUCUCGACAAGUCAACGGCCAUGGAAGUCGCCCGCUCUACCGACCGCAUCAUCGGUUCCUUCCUCAAGCUCCACGACCGGUCCUUCAGAUGGAUGCAUGGCAAGAUACGCGAGAGAUCAGGAAGCGAGCUUGAGAUCCUCAAGCCCCUGAGCAACCCCGUAUCUCUCCUUCACAUUCCACAGUCACGUUUCAUUGAUACCACCCAAGACUGGGAGUUUGUCCCUGGCUACGAAAUCACCCUGCAUUUCCGAAGUCGAUGCAAGUCCCGUAGACAAAGGGAAUGGGAACGGACCAUCACUCUCAAGAGCACUCAGAGCUCUCCACUAACGCUGUCUCAUGGCGAGGAUAUGGCCUGGGUCUUGUCGACAGCUAUGCAACGCUCUCUGGAUUCUAGAAAGAUGGCCUUCGAUAGGCAACAUCGGUCCUGCAACAGGUUCGAUUACCUGGAAGAGUGUCACCACUCAGAACAGAACGCCGUUCACGUCAACUUCCAAAUCCGAAACCAGCUGGGCUUGGAUCACAGACAUCUCCGCCGUGAGCUCGACAGCAACUUGCUGCUGUUUCAAGAUCCCAACGGUCUUGACUGUGAACAGUUUGUAAAUCAACUCGAGCACGCAUUUACUGCGGUACGAGAUGACACCGACAAGGAGCUGAACGAGAUGGAUGACCUCCGACUGACAGUUUAUGAACUCUCUGGCCGCGGUUGGAAGGCAGAGAAACCGUUUGCCGUCUGUCUCGACUCGACUGCUUGUUAUUCUAGGAGGACUGUUAAAGCCGUCCUCGAUCGAGUACAGACAGGUGUUGCAGAUAUCCUCGGUGGCCACGACAUGAGCAUCACUCUCAUGGUCCACAAGCGUGGCCAUUUGGUUCUGGACAAGACUCUUGUGGCCCGUUCGCCAUACUACGCGACGGGACAACGCCAAGGCGAAGAUCCUGAGACAAUCAAGGAGAUGUUCUUGAUGAGACUCAAGGACCGAAUCCGAUCCGACAUUUCCAUGGUGGUGAAAGACACGUGCUCGCUGUCCGAUGCCGAACCCCAGAAUAUCCGUGUGGUCGAGCGCCCAGUUUCUGCAGCGAAUGACCCUGCUGAGAUGGAAGCUUUGCCGUCAAGCAGCCCGCUCCCGAUCCCGACGCCGCAUGGGCCCGUGCCGGACUCCUUCGAUGAGAGUUCCAACGAACCGUCCGAACCUUUGGCACGAGAUGAAACGCUUCAGAGUGAUGGUGGGGUUGAAACGAUGGCCGACGGCGUCAUAGGCACCGUGGGGCGUUCGCAACAGCCUGAAACUCCUGCCAAAGCAACAACGAAGAGUCUGUCCUUUUCGUCGACCGACGAUGCUACUUCUAUUUAUCAGUCUUCGUCGUCAACUCCUAGUCUUGUUGACAGCGACAUUGGUACGCCCCGCGAGAGCUUGUUGAUUACGCCCACCUUUUUGCGAACGCUAUCAGGCCGUCCUCAGCCGUUUGAUGCGAACCCGAAUAUUGCGGAUUCCGAGACCUCCGACAGCGAGCUAAUUGAAGAUUCAGCCGUAGGACCGUCGACUCCAACAAUGGCGCGUUUUAAUGGACCACGACAGUUCAACUUAUUUGGCAAGGGACCUCGCUCCAUCUCCCGGCAGUCUUUGACAUCGAUUGACUCCGAUGCCGACAAGCGCUCGCUGGCUGAUUCGCAGCGCACUCCCGAGCCCGAAGAUGUCCAGGUGCCAGAAUUCAAGUCCGGAUUGAGUUUGGUUGAGCCUCGAUCAGCACCUGUGGCCGACUCACUCGAGCAUCAGCAGGAAAUGGCCACCCAAGAGCCUGUUUUCGAGGGUUGGUUGGAGUACUGCUGUGUGCCCAUCGAGGAAGAAGAGGUUACCGCGCCUGAGGUCCCGGUCGAAGAGGUGACUACUGCAGCCGAGGAGCCGACGACAGAUCCUGUGAUUGUCGUCACUCCUGUCGAGGAGUCAACAUCAGAGCCUGCGAUUGUCAUCACUCCCGAUGAAGAGUCGACAACAGAGCCUAUGAUUGCCAUUACCCCGGAAGAAGAGCCGACGCCACCGGCAUUGCCAUCUUUGCCCUUGGAGGGUUACUUGGAGUAUGCGACUGAACCAAUUAUUGAGGAAGACGAAGACGAUUCAGACGGCGAAUAUCACGAUGCAGACUCUAUCGCACCGGCAGCAUUCAUGUCUAGUCCCUCUAGCUUUGCCACCGCGGCUGAGACUAGCCUCAACUCUCCCAUCAGCCUGGAUUUUGCGAUGUCCUCUAAGUUCAACGCUGAUAACACCACGAGCGCGCCUGACUUCCUCGAGGUGACAAAGACCGAUCCAGUUGUCGAGGACGCGGAGCCGAAGCCCGCCUCGACUUCUCAGGUCGAUGCCUGUACGUCUUCACAUGACACCACCGAGCCUACUCCAAUCCCUCUCGUUCUCGAGACUAUCGAACCCUCUCCUGUACCCGAAGCCGAGAAGCCUUCCCCGGUUCCCACAGAACCCCGCGAGCCGAGACUUGACCCUGCCGCCGAGAUUCACCGGGACCCGUCCUUCCUUGUUCUGAACGAGUCACCGUCUGUAUCGUCGGAGGCCCCGCGUACGCCGACGUCAGACUCCGCCUCGUUCAGUGACAAGGACGAUGAGCCCCAUGAACCCUCCACCCCUCCGCUGAUGACAGAGACUGAAGACUCGGACUACUCAGAGCCUUCCGAACCAACUGUGCCGUUUCCCGAAUUUGCGGUCGAUGAUAAACCAGGUCCCGACGACGCAAAGUCAAAGUCACUGUCCCAUUGGACACUCCCGAGAGCUUCUUUCACUGCCGACGACUUUAUCGACAAUUAUUUCGGACAUCACCGCAAGAUGUCGAUCCCGCGUGCAUUGUAUCCACGGCCAAAUCCGUUGUACACACUGAAGAAUACGAGCACAAUGUCUUUGGGCCACGGCCGUAAAGUUUCAUUGCCAACAGCGGGUAUCUUUGGUAUUCACGAAUCAAGUCGUCUUGAUCUGGGUCUCCGCGGCGCCCUCUUUGGUCUAGCCUCGUUGAAGAAGCAGGGUGGAUUGGAGAGAAAGAGGUCGCAGGUUUUGUUGAAGCUCGAGAACGAUAAAGGCAUGGUCAUUGUGCCAGGCAGUCACAGCAAUCCAAGCAGUCGCCGCAACAGCGAGGCGAGAGGAAUUGGGGGUGCCGGUGUACUAGGACUUGGUAACGCUUAUGCGUUUUGA